AUGACGACGGUCCACCGCGCCGGUGAGGGGCCCCAAGGGGCACAGAGGAUCCUCCGAAACUUUUACAGAAGAACAAAUGAUAAGCAGCAACUCAGCAUGAACCUAACGGAAUUUAAAUUCUAUGAUUAUGAGAGUAAAGAACUUAGGGCAGUAGAACCAUCUCCUUGUAGAAAGUACAUAUGUAUAUGCGACUCGUUUGGGGUUAUAUAUAUAUAUCAAAUUUUUAAGAACGAAUUUUUAUACCUUCAGCAGCUGCAUGCCCAUCUGUCGAAGAGCUCCAUCAUAUCAGUCAUGUGGAUUAGCAAAAAGAACCGGAAGAAGAAGAAGAAGAAGAAGAAGAAGCACUUGUUUAUGCACAACGAGUGUAAAGAUUACGUCCUCGCCAUUACUACUCUGUGUGGUGAGAUCGUUCUCUACGACUUGCAAACGCAGAAGCGGCUGCAGAGCAUCUCCAGCAACGGGAGUAUCUCCUGCGCCAAGCUGAAUAACAGCCUUCAGUAUUUCGGCACCACCAAUUUGGACGGCUACUUUUACCUGUACAAUAUCUACAGCAAUGCUGGGGGGCGGAUCUACAACUGCUUCGACCGCUUCCACGAGGUUAGCGGCGAGAGCGAUGUCAGCGAUGCAAGCGAUGUCAGGAGCGUGAGCGACGCGUAUAGCAGUGACCGUAGCGACGCGUAUAGCAGUGACCGUAGCGACGCAAACGCCGCGUAUAGGAGCAACCACAGCGGGGACGACGCGCAGGCGCGGCCGGGCAAAAAGAUCAAACUGUCGAGCGACCUCACCGAGUACUUGGAGGAGGAGGACGCCUCCUCGCAGGGCGAAGAGGCAGAGAGCGCCCCCACGGUGGCCCCACAAGCUCGACACGUAUUCUCCCCCCCAAGCAGAAAAACGGAAAGGAAAAGCCAAACGGGAGAAACACUUAACUUGUUUAUUACGAACAGAUUCAAGUGCAAGGAGAAGUUGGUGUGCCUGUACUUUGUGGAUGAGUUGAAAAGCAGGGAGGUGCUGCUGAGCACGCUGCAGGGGGGGAAAAAGAAGAAGAAAACCAAGUUGUCUGGUGAUGCGGUGGGAGGAGAGGAGGAAAGCGGGGAUGACCGCUAUGCGGAGGGCCCCCCCCUGAGGAACGGCGUCCGGGAGCUGGAAAGGUCGUACCACAGCUACAACCACUACGUGCUCCUGGGGAGCGAGGAGUCCAAAAUUUAUAAAUACAACAUCACGAGCAAGCUCUGCGAGGGGGUGUUCAAGGGCGUCAAUGAGAAGGCCAUCAUUUGGGAUGUACUAUACGUGUACAGGACGGACGAGGUGGUAUGCGUAGACAAUAGCGGGUCUCUGACGAUCUUUGACUACCGAACGUUCAGCGUAAAAUACUUCUUCAGUCAUCACCUGUAUAAGGCGGUGUCCUUGGCGAAGACGCUCGAUGAGGAUUACCUUUUCACGGCAGGGGUCGACCGGUAUAUUAUUAAAUACGCCCGGACGAGUGUGCACGAUGGAGGAGGGGCUUUCUCGAAUGUAAGCAUCAGGCAGGAGGUAGCCACGAGGGGGAAGCGGACCGCCCAGAUGAUUGGCGGCAAACUGAAUGGGCAUGCGGCACCUCUCAAUGAAGCAACGAACGUUGGUAGCCACGCUGAAGAGGAACAGUUCUUCCUGCACAAGGUGAAAGAAUCGAAGGAGCUUAAUAAAAACUGGUACCGCAUUAAUAAGAGGUCGGUCCAUUUCACAGACAUCAAACGGAUUGUCCUGCUGAGGGAGAACUUCAUUGUGAGCAUUAGCGACGACAUGUCCUUCUGCCUGUACGACACGUGCAACCAAGUGAGUAGGUACUUUCAAAUUGGCAACGCUGAGCUGAACAGGGGUGUUUAUUUCUCCCCAAAUUUGAAAACCAUUUUUUGCGCGCACGCUUGGGGGAUAAGCAUUCACUAUAAUGGUAGCCUCAUCUCCAUAGGGGGUAGGAGCAGCGGUGACGGGAGUUCUCCUCAAAACGCUGGGGUGAUCAGCCGGAAGGACUUAGAGCAAAUUAACGCAGCCAACUACAAACAGAUCGCCAAAAUAUCCUUUGCGAAGAACGAGUUUGUUAACACCUGCAUGCUAAGUGAAGACGCGACGAAGAUUGCCUGCAAAACGAAUAGGAAGCUCUCCCUCUAUCACUUUAGCAUAGAGGACCUCACCAUAUGUAAUUACGAUUUGUCGAAUCUGGCUGCUUCCAAAGUGUAUUCCUUCGCCUUUUUGGAGAGCAACCUGCUCGUUCUCUCCUUUGCCAGGUGUCAUUUUGGCAAAGGUAGGGGGGAAGAGGUGGGAGAAGAAGGGGAAGAAACGGAAAACCUCCUGGGGGAGGGGCACUUCCCGGGGGGGGAGGACAACAACCAGGAGGCCUACGAGCUGUAUGAAUAUGUGCAGGAUGACGAGGUGGUUAGAGGUGGGAACAGCGCAGAUGACUACUCCUAUACCUACCAUGUGGCCAUCUACGAUAUAGACCUGAAAGAAGUGGUGGAGGAAGUUCAAGUGGAGAGAACUCUCUGCCAGUUGAAGAAGUACAACGGUGGGAAGAUCAUCAUUUGCACUGAUGAACAGAAAAAUGUUUUUUUAUUUUUUAGAAGUUUUAAAAAGUACCUGCAGAGAUGCUUCAAACUCUGCGACUUUAAUUUAAGUAGGAGGAACAUCCACCGCAGCUACCUCUUUUCCACCGUCGUUGAGAGCCUCCUGUUCAUUUUUACGCUCGACAAUUUUGUGUAUGUAUAUGCCUUGUGCUAUGAGACGGCCAGCUUGUCCUUCUUGAAGACUCGGGGCGUCCGCAAGUUCCGCCUCUCCGAGUACAGGGACGUCUCCCUGGUCGAUUUGGGUCUGCCAGGGGCGGGAGGACCCCACUUGGGGGAAGCGGCGGUGCAGGACGCGGCGCAGGACGCGGCCAAACCGCUACCCCCCCCCCCAGCAACCUUCCAGCGCAAGUACUGCCUCCUCCUGCGGAGCUGCGACAAAAUGAGGCUACUCGGGCUCAACAUAUCCAAGGACCUCGCCAUCGACGUCCAGCUGACAGAUGUGAAAAGUGCCUUCCAUUGCGAUGGAGACGCGGUCGAGCAGUACUACCUCUCCUCGCUCAACUUCCGCUACAACUUCCUCAACACGAAGCAGCUGUACUUUGAGGAUGCCAGUCUGUACCACCUCCUCCUGUGCGCGAUGAGGCGCGAGCGCAGGCGCGGGGGGGCGGCCGACCGGUUGGGUAUAGCAGAUAGGCUGCACGCUUCAGAUCAGCUGGACGAUGCCGACGGAUCUCCUACGUAUGACGCCUUAAAAGGUGACGCAGCACAAACGGGAGGACAACACACCACGGAAGAGCCUACGGAAGAGCCCGCCAGCACGGAUCCUUUGCAACUCUCUCUCCAAUCCCUGAAGAAUAUAAAAACGAAAAACAUCUUGAACGUGCGCGUCCUGUACACCCCGCAGGGCGACGUCGUGCUGCUUCUCUGUGUGCCCCAGAAUAUCGACUGCACGCUGAUUAGUGUGGCUGACACGAAGAAGUAUGUUCAGUAG